AUGGCUGCUCAGGUCACUCCCUCGAAACAGGCUGCAUCCUCUCUGGAAACCCUCAAAAUGAGUGAUUCUCCUGCUAAGAAGCUCAAUUUCGAGCCCGCGGGCAAGGAAAACUCCGUUACUCCCGUCCCUCCUGUCCUUGAAUCCGAGCUCCUCAAAAAGUCAGAUGCCACUCCCGUGAAACCAGUGGAGCAAGAGAAGAAAAUCGGUUCCACCGCAAAGGACCUUGAAGCAGAUGAGCCAUUGCUCCAGGAGAACCCCCACAGAUUUGUCCUUUUCCCGCUCAAGUAUCACGAGAUCUGGCAAAUGUACAAGAAAGCAGAGGCAUCGUUUUGGACCGCAGAAGAAGUUGAUCUCUCGAAAGAUCUUCAUGACUGGAACAAUAGAUUGAAUGAUGACGAGCGAUACUUCAUCUCACACGUCUUGGCAUUCUUCGCCGCGUCGGAUGGAAUUGUCAAUGAGAACCUCGUCGAGCGUUUCAGCGGAGAAGUCCAGGUCCCUGAGGCCCGAUGCUUCUACGGUUUCCAGAUCAUGAUGGAAAACAUCCACUCCGAAACUUACUCCCUUCUCAUCGAUACGUAUAUCAAGGAACCAAAGCAGCGUACAUAUUUGUUCGAUGCCAUUGACACCAUUCCUUGCAUCCGGAAAAAGGCUGAUUGGGCUAUCCGCUGGAUCGAAGACAAAGAGUCUACCUUUGCACAGCGUCUCGUCGCCUUUGCUGCUGUCGAAGGUAUCUUCUUCAGUGGAUCCUUUGCGUCAAUCUUCUGGCUGAAGAAGCGUGGCCUUAUGCCAGGCCUUACCUUUUCCAAUGAGCUUAUCUCUCGUGAUGAGGGUUUACACACUGACUUCGCCUGCCUUCUCUUCUCUCACCUGCGCCACCGCCCCAGCCCAGAGGCUGUUCAGAAAAUCAUCACAGAAGCUGUCGCCAUCGAGCAGGAGUUCCUCACAGAUGCUCUCCCAUGCGCACUUCUCGGAAUGAACGCCAAGCUCAUGUGCCAAUACAUCGAGUUUGUUGCUGAUCGACUCCUCGUUGCUCUGGGCAAUAAGAAAGUCUACAACUCUACCAACCCAUUCGAUUUCAUGGACAACAUCUCGCUGACUGGAAAGACUAACUUCUUUGAGAAGCGUGUUGGUGACUACCAGAAGGCUGGUGUUAUGGCAAGCACCAAGAAGGAGGCUGCAUCCGAUGAUGCGGAACAGCAAAAUGAAAACGGAGGUGCAUUCACCUUCGAUGAAGACUUCUAA